AAUAGCACUGAUAUAUUAAUUCGAAAGUGAAGUAAAAGUUUUGUUUCCUAGUUCAUACGUAACUAUGAAUACGCGAAUUUUUUUUAUUUUUCUCGUAGCUCUAUGCUGCAUUUUUUUAACGUUGGGACGAGAAAUUGGCUACAGUUUUAAUAGUAAACGGAAGAACGAUAUAGAGGUAAACAAUUUUGAUCUUGAAAACUUUUGUUUUGAUUGUAUGGACGGUUUAAAUCGUACAUAUAUAAAACUUCUUAUGGAUACACAAAUGAAAAAAUGUUGCGCAGAAACAUUAAAUGAUAGCUACAAUAUUUGGUUUCUGACAUUCCACUAUUGCAUAGGUACGCUGCUUACCACGGAUUUUCAACAUUGCUUUAAUAAAAUUAAACUUAUAACUGAAGAUCAAAAUUUUAAAACCACAAUACUUGAUUAUUUAAAAUUUGAACAAGAUAUAAUGGAUAGAAUAUAUCCUCGACCAAAAACUGCUGAGGAAUGCGAUGAAUCUUUUUUACAAUCGUACGAUAAUGCCUUCAAAGAACAAUGCAAAUUUAACACUAAUAAAAAUUUGGAACCGGUAUGUAAGGCAUUCAGGGAAGAAAAAAAAUCACUAUUAUGAUUUACAUAUCAUAAAUUUAUAUGCUGUAAAUUAUUAUUUCACUUAAUUUUUAAAUAUAAACAAUGACAAUUGUUUAUCUGUAAUUAAAAUAAAUAAUUUUUAUAAAUCUCCAAAACAGAUCUAAUAAACGUUUUCCAUUUACGA